AUGACCGGAGUCAGAGGAUUGAUCGCUGCUGUCCUGGCAUUUCUUGCUCAUGGCUUCGACGAAGGUUGCAGCUAUGUUGCCUUGCAGCAGGCCUGCUUGCCGGCGGGUGGCAUGCUGGUGCGCGAACUGGCACCUUUCCAGUGCACGACGACAACGUCAACUUUGUCAACAACUUCUUCAACUAUACUCCCGUUCGACUGCUCCGCUGGCUACAGCAACAGAGAGUUGAGCUGGUCAGAUGCGAAGAAGGAGUGGUGCUGUUCCAACCAGCAAGUCGGGUGCCCAUCCACUUCAACCUCUACUAGCACGGCCACUAGUCGAACGGCUUCAUCAACAAGCGAAACCAGCACAUCCAGCUUGACAACCACGUCAGCCUCACUUACCCGCACGUCUUCCACUGUGUCCAGCAUAUCAACCACUAGCACUUCUGCAAGUAACACACAGACGUCUGCCACUGCAACCGCAACAACAGCUACGAUUACAACUACGACCGAGACAACAACAAUGUGGUUCUUCUGCGAUGUCGGCUACAGCAACUGGGAGUUGAGCUGGUCAGAUGCAAAGAAGGAGUGGUGUUGUGACAAGGAACAGAAAGGAUGCCCUUCAACCACAACUUCCACCGGCACCAGGACCAGCCGCACGAGCACGUUGACAAGUGCGACAACGAGCUCAACUUCCACGACAACGGCAACUUCGACUGUUAGCACGUCGACCACGCAAUCUAGCACGACGACCAGCAGCAAGUCGAUCUCAAGCACAUCGACAAGCAUUACACGCAGCUCUGUCACAGGGACUACAUCGACGAGUACCGUGGCAACCACCACCAUCAUAUCGACAAUGUGGUUCGACUGUGCCGCUGGCUACAGCAACAGGGAGCUGAGCUGGUCAGACACGAAAAAACUCUGGUGUUGUUCCAACCAGCAAAUUGACUGCCCGUCCACGUCCACAGUUACGACCACCGCGACCACUCGAACGGCCUCGUCAACAACAAUAACCGGCACGUCCAGCUUGACAAGAACAUCAACUUCAGACACCAGCACUUCUGCAAGCAGCACACAAACUUCAGUGACUUCAACAGCAACAUCAGUCACGAUAACAACCACCACGCAGACAACCACGAUGUGGUUCGACUGCGACGUCGGGUACAGCAACUGGGAGUUGAGCUGGUCAGAUGCAAAGAAGGAGUGGUGUUGUGACAAGGAGCAGAAAGGAUGCCCUUCAACCACAACUUCCACGGGCACCAGGACCAGCCGCACGAGCACGUUGACAAGUGUGACACUGACCUCAACUUCCACGACAACGGCAACUUCGACCGUUAGCACGUCGACCACGCAGUCUAGCACGACGACCAGCAGCAAGUCGACCUCAAGCACCUCCACCGGUUCUACAUCGACAAGCAUUACGCACAGCUCCGUCACAGGUACUACGUCCACGAGUACCGUGGUAACCACCACCAUCACAUCGACAAUGUGGUUCUUCUGUGAUGUCGGAUACUUUAACUGGGAGGUGAGCUGGUCAGAUGCCAAGAAGGAGUGGUGUUGUGACAAGGAGCAGAAAGGAUGCCCUUCAACCACAACCUCUACUGGCACUUUGACCAGUCGCACGAUUUCAUCAACAAGCAUGACCAUCACAAGUAGCUUGACAAGCACGUCCUUUACCGUUACAACGACAUCGCAAACAAGCAGUUCUUCCACCGUGUCAAGCAUAUCGACCACUAGCACGUCAGCAAGCAGCACGCAGACAUCCGUCACUGUGACAGCAACAACAGCAACCCUCACAACUACUACCGAGACAACAACAAUAUACUUCUUCUGUGACAUCGGCUACAGCAAUUGGGAGUUGAGCUGGUCAAGCACGAAGAAGGAAUGGUGCUGCGAGAGAGAGCAGAAAGGUUGCCCUUCAACUACAACUUCCACCGGCACCAGGACCAGUCGCACGAGCACCGUGACAAGUGUGACAAUGAGCUCAACUUCUACGACAACGGCAACUUCGACCGUUAGCACGUCGACCACGCAGUCUAGCACGACGACCAGCAGCAAGUCGACCUCAAGCACCUCCACAGGUUCUACAUCGACAAGCAUUACCCACAGCUCUGUCACGGGUACCACAUCCACGAGUACCGUGGUAACCACCACCAUCACAUCGACAGUUUGGUUCUUCUGCGAUGUCGGCUAUAGCGACUGGGAGUUGAGUUGGUCAGAUGCCAAGAAGGAGUGGUGUUGUGACAAGGAGCAGAAAGGAUGCCCUUCAACCACAACGUCGUCCAGCACAGCCACCAGUCGAACUUUCUCGUCAACGUCUAGCUCGACAGGCACAUCUUCUACCCUGACGACGCUUUCGGACACUAGCACCUCUUCUAGCGUAUCCAGCAUUUCGACCACCAGCACUUCCGCAAGCAGCACACAGACGUUAGUGUCUUCGACAGCUACGACAACCACCGGAACAACCGUCACCGAGACGACAACGAUGUACUUCUUCUGUGACAUCGGCUACAGCAAUUGGGAGGUGAGCUGGUCAAACUUGAAGAAGGAAUGGUGCUGCGAGAGAGAGCAGAAAGGUUGCCCGCCAACCUCGACAUCCACAUCCACCGGAACUAGCCGUACUACAUCCUCAAGCACCCGGACAUCCGGAACGGUGACGAGUACGACCUCUUCCUCUUCGACGACCACCUCACAGACCAGCACGUCUACAAGUUUGACCACCACGAGCUCGAGCAGCAAGUCCUCCAGCCUGACGUCCAGCACUUCAAGCACCGAAACAUCAAGCAGCACCACCUCGACGCCGAUCCCACAAUGCCGCCAGUUCCUGGGUGGUGUUCCUCUGCUGGGCAGUGACACGUGCCAGGGUGGGGAAGAUGGAGAUCUUUGCUUGGCUGGACAGCAGGUCUCUCAAGAGGGCUAUGCAUCAUGUGGCGAGUCCUCCUCUGGCAAGCUGCUGUGCCCUGUUGGUUCCACCACGGCCGUCAGCACAGGAGCCAGUGCUUGCCAAGUCUGCGCCACCCUGGUUGCUCAAGACUGGGGCACGCAGGGCUACAAAGUUUUCGGUGACAUUCGCUGGAGUCCGGCAGCGAUUUGCGACUCGAGUGGCCCGAACGAGUCUACUAUUGAUGGCUACAGCGACGCUUGGACGAUGAAAGGUUCGUUCAUGUGUAUCAUUCUCAACUCCAAGCCGACGCUUCUGCUAUCCAGAACAAUGCUUGCUUUACUAUCGCUGUGCCUUACACAAGCAGGUCAACAAGCAGAGCUCAGAAACUAUCUUUGGAGAGCAGGCUUGCGGAAAAUCGUCGGCACAAGACAUGCAACAUUCAUCAAUACUGUCCGGUUCAGUCCUGUCAAGUUCACAACUUCGCCGUAA